CUUCAUUAUCGGCCCUUUCGCCCUUACGAUCUCACCGCUUCAGUCAACGCCCUACCGGUGCGUGCCAUUGGAUUUGUUUGUUCGAUAGCUCGGUCAAUUGGUCCUGAACCCAUAUCGAAACUACCUUCUCGGCCGCAACUCAGGGCGCAGAAAUGACCGGAGAAUGAAAGGUCUCUGGUCCCGCGUCACCCCGGCGCAGUCAACCUGCCGAUGCGUCUCCUGCCUCAGCACCGUUUCCCAGGGCGUAGCAUCGCGAGGGGCUACAACGGCAAGCAAGAAACGACUUCGCUUGGGCAAUUCGGUCACCGCCCUGUACACGAGUAUCUUCGCCGCUGCCGCCUUAGCAGACGCCCAGGCCAAAGGUCAGCGCCGCAAUGAGUGGGAGGAGAAGAUCGCAGCCGCGAAGGGAGAAGUCAAUGCGCUGCUUGACGAGGAGGAACGCUUGGUAGAGGCCAUCUUUGCCCGCCGCAGUCAGGGAGGUGACGCGGCUUCUCCGACACUGCGCGCCGGGACACAGACAAGACCAACGUCGCAUCGAUACCAAUGGCCUACGACAAAUCUCUCUAGUCGCUCGUAUCAUACGAGCCGAAAAGCUGCUCUCAGCAAGAGUAGUCAAUAUAUAGACGAGAACAGCAUAGAGCAGCUCGACAAAAUCAGCGAAGACCCGUUGCUAGAAGUCACGGAGGAGGACAACCUGUGGCAUCUGGAAGACUUUGACACUCCUCAAUGGCUCAAAGAAAGCCUUGUCCGUCAAAAAGCCAUUCGCAAAUUGGCGUUGAAACAAUUGGCUAUAAGACUACUGGUGCGACGGGGAGUCGCUCAUAGUUAUCAGGGUCUGCAGAUGAAAUACGCUGUUGAUUAUUCAAUGCCUGUGGCCAACGUGCCGGAACUUCUAUCACACUUGGACAAGCUUCGCAAUCGAAUGAAGGAUGUCAAAGCUUCCAAGCGUGCCAAUAUAGACGACUUGGAAGCGGAGAUGAACGCGCUCUCAGCUCAGGAACAAGUCACGGAGCGUCACAAACUUGACGGAGAGAUUUUCCGAGAUACGAACCUUUACCUGUCAAACAGGAUGUCUCUCCAGGAGCUUCUCCUCAGAUUAGCCAACAAUCUCACGAAAUGCACUAAUCCGGACAGAAGUCUAGCCUUGAAGCAUAUGCUGCUAGCAUUUACCAAGACCCGAGAAAACGACAUAUGUGAAUUGAUUCUACACGCCAUCAUUCCCCACAAAUUUCCGCUUACAUCCUCCCUCAUCAUCUCAAUCUUGAACUUUUUCCGGAAGUCCAAGAAUCUGAAAGGGUUCGACUUGUUCCUCCGCCAGCUGUCCGGAGAAGGAUACCCGCUGGAUAUGGGUAAUUUAGGCCUCUACAAGAGUGUCGUGGUCAAUGGGAUUGAAAUCCAAGUUCCGCCCGUGGACAGUGCGAAUGCCGUCAUCUACGGCACGCUUAUUCGGUCUUGCUUACGAUUCAAUCAGCCAGACCGUGCAGAUGCCUACCUGCAAGUCUCACGAGCAUCGGGGUAUAUGGAUGACUACGCGACUUUGAGCUCUUACCUCGGUUUUUAUGCUAUCCGGUUUGACUGGCCAAGGGGAAUUCAAGCCUUGCAAAGAACCGUCGCUUUUAUCGGAUCGACAACGGAGCACAGGCCGACCCGCGUUGAGCGCCUAAUCGUUAAGAUGGUUUAUCUCUGUGACGAAUGCGGGCAACCGGAGUUGUCCAACAAAAUUAUUGAAGCGUUUGUAAAGAGCGGCUUCCAUUGGAAGUGCGCGGAAAAGCAACUGGAUCUGAGCUUCAAGCGCGAUGUCAAAUAUGAUCGCUGGAAGGCUGCCCUGGCUGCCGCCGGUCCAGAAGCCGCUCAGGCCUCGCGACGAACAAUGUGGGAGAAAUGCUACUCUUUUGUGCAAGCUGUUAGCGAGCACCUGGAAAAUCUGACAACCGAACGAGCCUCCACUGCUCAAUGGCAAGAUAUGAUGAAGAAAUACGCCCAAGACGUCCUAUCUGCUGUUCUCGCUGGACCUGUGGCCAUGCACAAAGCUACCGAAGAAGGCGGUACCGGCGAUCUCGCCCAGGACGACCGCACCACACUCUUGAAAGAGAUCAGUCAGCAAGCCCAAGAGAUACAGCAGCAGAACGCCGCCGUGGUUAACGCACAGAAGAGCGAAAUCGCCACGCUACAGGCUGAAAUUGCGCAGCUCAAGCGCAUGGUCUUCGAUCUGCACCGGACUGUCACCGUUUCCAAUAGUCUCCCUCAAACAUCCAACCUCCCGUCCUCUACUCAAUCCGCCACCACCACUACUUCGACCCCUCUUACUCGCCCUACCACCACUCCAACUACACCGCCGCCCCAUGUCUCGCACCAUGUCCCUGCAUCUCGUCCCGACUUGACAGCACCCUUGGCACAUGAUCUAGUCUCACCUACACCUAGCCCAACGCGGGGAGGCCAAGGUCUAGCUGCCAGGAAGAAAUGGACCAUGUCGUUUGGAAUGAUGCCUUCUUCCAAGGCGUGAACGCACCGCUUUGCUGCGGUCAUUACAACCUUAGGACGAUAUCUCAAUCCUCAGUAUUGUCCUGACGACUGUCGAGUCCACGCUUCGUACUCCAGGAGAUGGCCUUGCCGCCAUCAACACCCCAAGGGAUGGAGACAGGUUUCACGGGGGAAAAGGACAGCAGUACACUUCACUCCUGCUGCGCAGAC